AUGGACGCGACCUCGUCCAAGUCUCACAACCUCUUUCAGGUCUUCCUGCGGCUGCGUCCUCCCCAGGUGGGUGCGACGACGGCUGACCGGUUUCUCGAUGUCGAGCCGCCCGCAACAGACGCCGCUUCCUCCUCGCCGACGCACAUCCGCCUCAACCCGCCCAACGACCGGCGACGCGCGAUCGAGAAAUUCGGGUUCACGCGCGUGUUUGAGGAGGACUCCACCCAGCUGGACGUUUUUCACUGCACGGGUGUCGUACCGCUCGUCGAGGGCGUGCUGGCACCGCACGGCGGCGACGGCACCGACGCACUGCUGGCCACAUUAGGUGUCACUGGCUCCGGCAAGUCCCACACUAUCCUUGGCUCUCGCUCGCAGCGCGGUCUCACACAACUCUCGCUCGACGUUGUCUUUCGCUCUAUCGGCGAGAACAUUGUCGAUUGCGCGGCUUCUCCGUUGCUGGAGACGUCAAUCCAUGCAUCGGACGCAUCAGAAGCGACCAUCUUUAACGCCCCGGCCUUCCUAGACUCUGUGUACGGUGACAACACAGGGUCUUCUCGUCCCAGCUCACGGGCCUCAACACCAAUGCUUGUACGGCCUCUUUUCUUUUCGUCUGACAUACCCACUUCGCCCUCAUAUCCAGAACACGGCUGCCAUAAAAACGACAGCGGCAACAACAGAAUCAGCAGCCUCAGUGGGCUGCCGAUGCCCGGAAAGUUCCCAGUCAGUCCCAGUGGGCAGCAACAAAAACUGCACAGCAGACUGGACAGUGUCCGGAUCGUGCGUCGGGAGGACUAUGUGGUGGUGCCCGAGGAGACGGAGGACGCUCUUCUCCUCGAGCUCCGGAUGCGACAGAGUAGUCGCCGUACCGUGGUCGCUCCCAAGACGCCGUCCAGAAGCAACAUACCGCGGCCGUUCAUGGCCACCACGGCGUCGGCACAACAGAGAAGCACAAGCAAUGCUAAACCAUCAUCUUCUUUACAGGGCGAUCACUCGCAUUCCGUGAACAGUAACGCGUCGACUGGAUCGGCCCGCCGUCUCCUGCUGCACCGGCCAUCGGCCUUCCCGCAGCAGCCCGACGUCAGCGCCAUUAACGUCAGCAGCGAUCCGGCAGCGCAAUAUGUGGUGCUGAUGUCGAUGUACGAGGUAUACAACGACCGCAUCUUCGACCUGCUGACACCCGCAACUAAGGCUGCUGGCAGCAAAGAAUACCGGCGGCGGCCGCUGCUAUUCAAGAGCACCGAGCUGUCGCCGGACCGCAAGGUGGUGGCUGGGCUGCGGAAGAUUGUGUGCAGCACCCUGCAGCAGGCUCUGAUGGUGUUGGAGGCCGGUCUGCAUGAACGGCGUGUGGCGGGUACGGGCAGCAACAGCGUCAGCUCGCGCAGCCACGGCUUCGUCUGUGUCGAGGUGAAGAAACGCACCAUCGGCAACGCAAACGCACCAUGGAGCGGCAGCACGCUGACAGUGGUCGACCUGGCCGGCAGUGAGCGGGCGCGCGAUGCCAAGACCGCUGGAGCAACACUUGCCGAGGCCGGGAAGAUCAAUGAGAGUCUGAUGUAUCUGGGACAGUGUCUGCAGAUGCAGAGCGACGCUGGCAAUUCCAGCAAGCCAAAUGUAGUUCCGUUCCGGCAGUGCAAGCUGACAGAGCUGCUCUUUUCGAACUCGUUCCCGUCGGCGACGCAGCCGUCGACGCGGAGAAACCCGCAAAGGGGAGUGAUGGUCGUGACGGCCGACCCUCACGGCGACUACAACGCAACGUCACAGAUCCUGCGGUACAGCGCGCUGGCUCGCGAGAUCACUGUGCCGCGCAUUCCGUCCAUAACACAGACAAUCGUCUCCAACGGCAGCGCUGGGCCCCAGACAGCAGCAGCAGCAGCAGCAGUGGCCAGCCAGGACCCGCGGUCUUACUCUCCGGCGAUGCCGACGCCUCCGAGCAGCCACAUGCUGAACCAUCAGAACCAUCAGAACCCCCAGAAUUCUCCGAAUAUUCAGAUCCACAGCAACCAGCAGCGACAAGGAUUCGCACCGGGCACUGGGCCCCGAACGGGGACGCGGGCGUUCUCGCCAAUGGGCGGUCCGGCUGUGGCCAUGUCGGAUGAGCGGGUGACAAUGGAGAUUGCGGCGCUGGAAAUUGCGCGCAUGGCCGAGGAGAUGGACUACCUGCGAGCGCUGCUGGAACAGGAGACGGCGGGACGAUUGGAAGCGGACGCGCACCUGCUGUCGGCGAAAGACCGGAUGCUGGAGCUGGAGCAGGAGGUCCGCGAAGACUGCGCAAUCGAAUAUGAGCAGCGGCUGGCACUGGAGAUGGCACGCUGGAAGGCGAGCCUGGAGGCAGAGAAGGAGCGCAACGAGGCGCACUGGGACCGCAAGGUCGAGGUGAUGGAGCGGCUGGCGAGUGCAGCCGAUGAAGGUGGCGGCUGUGACCACGACGACAAGGAGAACGUGCUGGUCGAGAACCUGGAGCAGGAGAAUGAGCGGCUGCGGCGUGAGCUUCUGGUGAUGCGGCGUGAGCUGACGGCCCGGUCGCCCAGCAAGCGGCAUCCGCUGCGAGAGCGCGACGACCUGCCGAUAAGCAUGACCACAACCACGACCACCAACUCCAGCAGCUCGUCUGCCACAGCCGCCGCCGUCUCGCUGUCCACCACGCCCACCGGCACGCCCUCGGGCACGCCUACCGGCACACCCUCGGCUGCUGAUGAGCUCGGCCUGCGGCGCCGUAUGGAGCAGCUGCGCGUCGUCGACGACGGUGACCACCGUUUCGACCCCCGGCUCGACCGAGGCCGCAACGACCGCCACAACGAUGCGUCGUCGGUGCGCUCGACCAAAGUCGCGGCUGUAACCCGCAACGGCAGCCCCAAGAAGACUCGCAAAAUGUCCCCACGCAAGUGGGACGUGGCCCUGGACGAAGACGAUCUGUUUUGA